AUGCGACUUUAUUUUAACUCACUACAUAGGCUCCUGUCUGUUCAUGGCGCUGACCGCAGAGCAGAAGGCUGUUGUCCGAACCGACGGAAAGCGCUGGAGCGGUUGAAGCAGCGGGGCAUCAGCAAGCCGGCUCAUGGCGGCCCCGCUGCUGGUGGCGUCAGGGCAUCCGCUGAUUUUGCGCGGCCUGUCGUGACUACUGGCCUGGAGCGACAAAUAGAGCAGAACCGACAAACGGCGAGGAAACGCCUCCAGCAAACCCAGCAGAACCUGCGGGAUGCAUCGUCCAUCAUCAAUACCGGGCAUGCGCUUGGCUCACCUUCCGCUCAUCCGACCGGAAACACAGGAUCAAGGCUGCGGCCUGCGAUCAGAAGACAAGAUUAUAUUGAAUAUGACUUCUCGACAAUGAAGAAUACGAACGGAGGCUUCAUCAAUCGGGAGGACGAUCAGGGUUAUGGAGAUAACGCGCUAGCGCAAGAGAAACAGCGGUCGCUUGAGGAGUGGCAACGCGAGCAAAGGGCGCGGCGCGCCCUCUAUGAAAACCAGCCUCCUCCAGCACACAUGUCUCUCGCCCCAAAAUGUACCCAAUGCAACAUCAACACGGAGAUGGAUCCCGUAAUGAAAGACGUUUUUCACUUACAAGUUUGCAAAUCAUGCGUGAAGGCUCAUCCGGAGAAGUAUUCGUUGUUAACCAAGACAGAAUGCAAGGAGGACUAUUUUCUAACGGAUCCUGAGCUGAAUGAUGCUUCUCUCUUUGAUAGACUUGAGAAACCAAACCCGCAUUCAGGCACAUUUGCUCAUAUGCAACUCUUUGUUAGAUGCGAAAUAGAGAAGUACGCCUUCGAGAAGUGGGGUGGCGAGGAGGGGUUGGAUAAUGAAUGGCAGAGACGGGAAGAGGGUAAAAUCGAGCGGAGAGAGAAAAAGUACCAGCAGAAAGUACGAGAGAUGAGGCUGAAGACCAGAGCUCAGGAGUUCACUACUAGGUUGAAGGAGAAGAAAUAUGGCAAAGACCAUACUCACGAGUUCGGGGCACCAGUCGAUGGAGGAAGUAACGAAGAUGGUAUACCGGUGCAAAAGAGACGUUGCUUUGGAUGUGGGAUAGAGAUAGAAGAAAUAAUGUUGUAG